CUAAAUAACAUAUUUGGAAAAUAAAAAUAAAUUUAAAUAAAAAGUAUUUAACAAAAGUUAUGUGGUGCAGAAAAAAGUGUAUAAAAAACAUAUAAAAGAGGUUUGAUAAAGAAAAAUCAAAUUUUGCACCAUACUUGUUUGUAUUUUUUAUCAAAAUACUCGUAUUAGAGAAGCAACAUGAGACGCGACAGUCACUGAAUAACGUUAACCAUCAUCCGCAUUUAAAUAAAAUUUUCACUGGAUACCCAAAAACUGCCUUUUUUAUCCAGAACAAGCGAUCAUCAAAAAAAAACUAUUUUGCCGUUUAUAACUUAAUUUAAAAAAAGAUAAAUUAAUUAUAAAACCUCCGAAGGCAAAAAAAAAUAAUUUUCAUCCUGAUAUUGGAGACAUCAUAUAAAAGGAAUAAACAACAGUCGUGGUACAUUGAUGUUAAAAUAAUAGUAAAUAAAAUUGUUUACGCUGAGGCCAAAUACCAUCUUUAGAGAAAACUUCAUCAUAAUAUUCAACAACAAUGUGGAAGAAAAUCUUUAUAUUUAUUACAUUUUUUAAUGGAUUGUCUUUUGUUUAUGGUGAAGAUGACGUACUUAUAAGGACACGUGGCUCGUCUGUUACACUAGAGUGUCCGUUGGACGUAAAUGCUUGCGGGGAAUUACAUUCAGUGAAAUGGUUCAAAGGCAACGACAGAAUUGCAGUCGUGUCAGGCGACGGUGAAGUAGCCAAUGUGGAAGGUGAACUACAGGGAAGACUAUCAAUUGACCAUUCACCCUCAGGGCCGAGCACUAGAUUGCAUAUCAAAAAUUUACAAGUAGCUGACGAUGAUACCUACUUGUGUGAAAGCACAUAUUUAGAACCACUAGAAUCUUGCGAUACUACAGGAGCUUAUAACAUUAAGUUAAGUAUACAUGUACCGCCUUCCUCAAUUGUGAUGCUAGAUGAAUCUGGACAUUUGAUUAGAAAUGGAACAAAAACAAAACCGUUGCGUGAGGGAGAGACGUUGACGAGAUCUUGCGAAGCAAUUGGCGCUCGUCCAACACCCUCAAUCGGAUGGUACAAAAAUGGGGAGAAAAUACAGGACGUCGUAGCAACUGAAGAAAUUGAUGGUUUAUUUACUGUAAAAUCAAAAUUUUCAUUAUUACUCUCUCGUGCUGAAGUCAACAGCCAUUUAGAAUGUAUAGUUGAAACCCCUGCCUUAGAGAAUAUUGUUAGUAACUAUUUAUCGCUCGAAAUGGAAGUGCGACCAACAAAAAUUGAUCUUUCUGGAGUCGAGCAUCAUGUCGUCAAAGGAACGAAAGUCCUGCUUCAAUGCGAUGUCCACGGUGCACGUCCAGCUGCAAAUAUAACGUUCUAUAACAACAGCAGAAUUGUGACAGAUGGUGAGAAUGGUGUCAGCAUUAGCACAAAAAUUGAAGAGAAAAACGAUGGGACGUACACCACAGUUAGCCAAAUGAUAUUUACCGCCACUAGAUUCGAAAAUGGGGCACAAAUUAAAUGUGAAGCAGAUAACAUUGUAAUGCGAGAAGAUUUCGAAAGACCACUUCACGAUACACUCGAUCUCGAGGUAAUGUAUCCGCCUGUAGUGUUUGUGCGUCCCGAUAAUAUUACCACAAAUGAGACGCAAGAUUUUCUCCUUUUCUGCGACUACGACGCCAAUCCGGCAUCUCUGGAACGCGUUACAUGGAUGAAAAACGGAGAAGUCCUCAAUACAAAUCAAAGCAGGUACGAAGGAGGACAUCCUGAACAAACUGCGCUACUUGUCAAAGGCGCAAUGCGUAGUGAUAUUGGCUCGUACAUCUGUGAAUUGCAAAAUUCAAUUGGGUCCGAUGCAUCGGACAACGAAAUUAUUGUGGAUGUUCAAUACGUGCCAACUGUAAAAAUAGAAAUGGAGCCAGACUCGCCACUAAUAGAAAAUAAUGAAUCAAAUGUUACUCUAUACUGUAAUGUGGAGCAAGGUAAUCCAUCAACUCUGUUGAAGGUUAGAUGGUUUUUGGACGGACAGUUAUUAAAAGAACUGCCCGAAUGCGAUUCCAAUGAAAACGACGAAGAUAAUUUGUGUGAAAUAGAUCCAAGUAAAAUGUUGCUACAGAAUGUCGGAAGAGAUUUUCAUGGCAAUUACUCAUGCGAGGGAUUCAAUGGAGCUGGAUGGGGUGAGGUUAGCAAUGAAGCUGAACUUGUUGUUUUCUACGAACCAGGCAACGCGUCAUUGGCGUUCUACCCUCCAAUACCUAUCAAAAGGAAAAGUGUUACAUUUACUUGUUCUGUCGAUGAUCCUGGCAACCCAUCUGCUACGAGAUAUCGAUGGUUGCGAGGCAACAAACCAGUUAUGGAUGUAGUCACGGCGCAGUGGACCGUUGAUCCCGUCGGCUUAGAUUCCCGUACAAACUUUUCCUGCUACGCUCAUAACGAAGGCGGCGAUGGCAAUCCAACGACAAUCCUGCUCGACGUACAUGCACCACCUGCCUUCAUUCAAAAGCUCCACCCAUACACCGGUGCUUUGUACUCGGCAAAAAAUGCUUCUCUGUCGUGUCGAGUUGAAUGUGUACCUAGUUGCUCCAUUUCUUGGUUCAAAGACGGCAAUGGCAUCGAGGAAAAUGAUCCGCAUUAUACAGUGAAAGAAACCUUCUUGCCUGCUGAUCCUUCAACAGGCGACUUCGAAUCAGUUUUAUCCGUAUUGUACUUUAACAUCACAGCAUGGCCGAAUGAAAAAUUAGACAUCUUCAAAGAUAAUGCAAAUUAUUCAUGUGUAUCAACACACAACUCAGUCGGUACCGGGGUUAGGAGUACGACGUUCUUCGGUGUUGAAUAUUCACCGGAAAAUAUAACUGUGUCCCAUCCGGAAGUUGAGGUAGAAGAAGGAGAGUUGCCUCAAAGGAUACUAUGUUCUGCAAAAGCAUAUCCAGAGCCCUCAUACAUUUGGAUUCGAAAUGAUGAAAUAAUAGCAAAGGGCAACGCCUUACUUGUGAACAAGCCAAUGCAACAUGCAGACGCUGGAGUGUACACUUGCAUCGCAAGGAAUAAGCACGGCAAUGGCAGUGCAAAUGCAAACAUUAAUAUUUUAUUUAAACCGAAUUGUACGAUUACACGACGCGAAGUCGAUGAUGAAGAGGGGUUAGUUUGCACUGCUGUCGGAAAUCCAUCAGAUGUUGAUUUCAUAUGGACGCUGAAAUCGGAAAACGAGUCACUUGAUGCUUCAAUUGCGAAAGAGCUCGAUAUAUCGUCUUCCUUCUUGCCUCUUGUUGAUGCUUUUGUCGAAGCCCGGACAUAUGUGUGUGUUGCAAACAAUACUGUUGGAAAAGGAACAUAUUGCGAAAUAGAAGUAGCUGGACAUUUGGCUUGGUGGCAAAAAUGGGAUCGUACAACAUUAUACAUCCUAAUAGGCUCCCUUAUUCUUUUAUUGGCUGUUGUAAUUAUUGUCUGUUUGAUAAUAAUAUGUGUUUGCCGUAAUCGAAGAAAGAGAGACAAAUACCACGACAAAUUGUAUGCACCGGGAGCAUUGACGGAUCCUGGCGAAUAUGAGAAUCUACCAUUUCAUGGACUCCAGAGUGCACCUAAUAAGCCACUAUCUGAUUUAGCCGAUGACCUUGUUUAUGCCGAUUUGAAUGACACGGAUGCUAAUUAUGGACCGAUCAAUUACAAAGCAGCUUCAAUCUAUGCACUUGUUAAGAAGACAAAGGCAGGUGAUUUGAAGGAAACGUCAACAUAGAUGAUGAUAAUGAUGAUGAAAAUAAUCAAAACUAGUCAGAAGAAAUGAACGAAACGAAUCCUGCCAAAGAAAAAAAAAAAUAAACGAACAAAUUGUCGAGAAAAGUUAUAUGAGGCGCUGUGAUACUCAUGCUUUGUGUAAAAAUUGUCGAUUUAAAUUUAUUACACAUUUUCAAUGCUCAUGUUUCUCACAUCGAUUUUGUGCCUUUUUUGUUGUAAUAAAUAAUUAUUUAUCUAUAUUGUAUAUCUAAAAAAAUUUAUGUUAAAUUUAAUCGAUUUUA